CUGCGCCCCUGAAAUGUCCGUUCUGCUUGAUCAUAACCGUGGUUUUCCGUUUCCCCUCGGGCAAAUGUGCUUUUCUUCACGUGCCUAACUGUAACAGAAACACGUCUUAGCCAGCUGACCGGCGGAGACUGAAGAAGUGUCAACCUCCUCGACUCAGAAGAAGGAGACUGAAGAAAUAACCAUGGCAGCUUCCGAGGGAAACAAGUUGUGGGGCGGUAGAUUUGUAGGGAGCAUGGAUCCCAUCAUGGAGAAGUUCAACGCAUCAAUAUCGUACGAUCAGCGCAUGUGGGAUGCAGAUAUCAGGGGCAGUAAAGCCUACGUGAAGGCGUUGCACAAAGCCAAGCUGGUCACUCAGGAGGAAAUGGCACAGAUUCAGGAUGGCCUUCAGAAGGUUUUGGGUGAAUGGUCCAGUGGUACGUUCCAGCUCAAGCCAGGAGAUGAGGAUAUUCACACAGCCAAUGAGCGUAGACUAAAGGAACUGAUUGGAGAGGCAGCUGGCAAGCUUCAUACCGGCAGGAGCAGAAAUGAUCAAGUUGUGACAGAUAUGAGGCUGUGGUUACGGGAUGCUAUCACCACUCUGAAGGGAAACACCAUCCAACUUAUAACUACGAUGGUGGAAAGGGCAGCCGUAGAAAUCAACAUCCUUUUUCCUGGAUAUACUCACAUGCAGAGAGCGCAGCCAAUCAGAUGGAGCCACUGGAUUCUCAGUCACGCAGUGGCACUGAGCAGAGAUGUGGAGCAGCUGGAGGAAAUCAGGAAGCGGGUCAAUGUUCUGCCUUUGGGAAGUGGAGCCAUCGCUGGGAACCCCUUCAACAUUGAUAGGGAACUUCUUCGGAAAGAGCUUGACUUUGAUGGGAUCAGCAUCAACAGUAUGGAUGCAACCGGACAGAGAGAUUUUGUUGCUGAGUUCCUUUUCUGGGGAUCAAUGUGUCUCAUGCACCUCAGUAAGAUGGCCGAGGAUUUGAUCCUGUACAGCACCAAAGAGUUCUCCUUUAUCACACUAUCCGAUGCGUACAGCACAGGGAGCAGUCUGAUGCCGCAGAAGAAGAAUGCUGACAGUCUGGAGCUCAUUCGCAGCAAAGCAGGACGAGUGUUCGGCAGAUGUGCAGGUUUUAUGAUGAUACUCAAAGGCCUCCCCAGCACAUACAACAAAGAUCUACAGGAGGAUAAAGAGGCCAUGUUUGACAUCUAUGAUUCAUUGCAUGCUGUACUGCAAGUGGCUACAGGUGUCAUGUCUACACUGGAGGUAAAUCGGAAAGCCAUGGAGGCAGCACUCAGUCCGGACAUGCUGGCCACUGAUCUGGCCUAUUACCUCGUCAGGAAAGGAAUGCCUUUUAGGGAAGCUCAUAGCUGCUCAGGAAAAGCUGUCCAUCAAGCUGAGUCUAAAGGUGUCCCACUGAACCAGCUUACUGUGGAAGAUCUCCAGACUGCCAGUCCUCUGUUUGACAGUGACGUGUCCUCAGUGUGGGACUACACAAGCAGUGUGGAGCAGUACACCGCCCCUGGUGGCACAGCACGGAGUAGCGUUACAGGACAGAUAGAACACAUGAGAGCCUGGCUGAAGGUGCACAGUGUAUAACCGGAACACACACCAUCACAAGAUUAGAAUCACAAUCGUUAGCACAUUUUCUAAUCUGUGUUUUCAAGGUAACAACUUUUUAUCACAUCCCACAGCUUCAUUGUCAAAAUACUUUCCGUUUAAAAUUUACUGUAGGCAAACAUACAACAUACCUGGGGCAGUGAGAGUGCUGCAGCACCCCCGACUUUCAGGAUUACUUUACCUGAAACUGCAGUUGCAACUGCUAAAACAACAACAACAAAAACAACAACACUAAUAAUAAUAAUAUUAACAAAGAAAUAAACUUUAAAGUAAAAUUGAGUAUUUUGAGUAGUUUCUGAGUGAAUGUUGAAGACAUUGUUUUUAGUGUAUUUUUUAUGUUUUGUUUUAUUUUUUUCAAAUCGACAUUAACCUAUUACAUUUGUUGUUGACGUUUGUUGGUCACACAAUGUUGGAGUCGACAAGGUAAAGUACCAAGUAAUUGUCUAAUCAAAUCACAGCCAUAAUGUUGCAAAAGAGAAUAUCAGAUUUUUUUCAAGAGCCUCAUCAAACUGAAAUUACCGAAGACAUGGUGCAUGACAUCAUAGCACAUAUCACACGUAUAUGACUUCAAAUGCCAGCACCAGUAUAAAAAGCCUUCCUACAUUCCAACUGUUGUGAAUACAUGACUUUGCAGCUCCUUUCUUUAUACAUCAUAAAUCAAAGCAUUCUGUUAGUUUCUAGCUAUAAUUCUGGUGGUUUGGGGGAUUUUGAACUUUCUUUAAUGUGGCACUUUGGUACAAGUUUUUAAUCAUAGUGGGAUACCAAAAUACUUUGUUGUCUUGCACAGCACUGUUUUGCAUAUUGCCAACAAAUGAAUAAACAGUUGCCUUUUUAAA